CUCUCUCUCUACAAUCAUCCACAACCUCUCUUUGUGCUUGCUAGCUGCUAUGGCCUCAAACACCAUGGAUGCCAGCUUAACCACCGGUUCUCACUCCCGACAUAGACCCGGUUUCGCCCAUUGUGACUCAGAUGAGGAAAAUGGAGACUACAAUCAACAGCAGUGGCAACACAAUGAUCAAGCUUUCUCUUUAGCUGGAAGUGUUACUAGCAAGGAUUCUGAAGGACAGAAAGCAUUUUACAGCGAUGCUGAGAAAAGAAAAGAUAGGCAAGAAAAGAGAAGCCUAAUGAGCAAUGACCAAGGAGAAGAUGACUUCCUUUUGGCUGAAUCAAGGCAACCAUUAUGGCGCAAAGUCGCAGUAUCUUCAGGCCUAGUCAACCCGUAUCGCAUAGUGAUAGUCAUGCGUUUUGUGGUCCUUGUUUUCUUCUUCCACUACCGCAUCUCAACUCCAGUACACGAUGCACUGGCCUUAUGGAUAAUCACGGUGGUCUGCGAAAUCUGGCUCGCUUUGUCUUGGCUAGUAGACCAGCUCCCUAAGUGGUUCCCCAUCACCCGUGUAACUUACCUGGAGCGCUUGUCCCUGAGGUUCGAGCGCGAAGGGGAGCCAAAUCUUCUACCUUCGGUCGAUGUCUUUGUUACCACUGCAGACCCUUCGAAGGAACCGCCCAUUGUAACAGCCAACACAGUUCUAUCAGUCUUGUCUGUUGACUAUCCUGUUGACAAGGUUUGCUGCUAUGUCUCAGAUGACAGUGCCUCUAUGCUUCUUUUUGAUACCUUGUCAGCAACUGCUGAGUUUGCAAGAAUCUGGGUUCCUUUUUGUAACAAGUAUAAGAUUGAGCCUCGUGCACCUGAGUUCUAUUUCUCUCAGAAAGUUGAUUACUUGAAAGAUAAGGUUCACCCCACAUUUGUAAAGGAUCGCAGGGCCAUGAAGAGAGAGUAUGAAGAAUUCAAGGUGAAAAUUAAUGUACUGGUUGCAAAAGCUCAGAAAAAACCAGAAGAGGGGUGGGUGAUGCAAGAUGGCAACCCAUGGCCUGGGAACAACACUGACAAUCAUCCAGCAAUGGUUCAGGUGAGUCUGGGAAGUGCUGGUGCACUGGACAGUGAAGGCAGAGAACUGCCUCGGUUUGUGUAUGUUGCACGGGAGAAACGUCCGCGCUAUCAAGACCACAGGAAAGCCGGUGCCAUGAAUUCUCUGGUUCGAGUUUCUGCUGUGCUGAGCAAUGCACCAUUUGUGUUGAAUCUGGAUUGUGAUCAAUACAUCAAUAACAGCAAGGCACUUAGAGAAGCUAUGUGCUUUUUAAUGGAUCCUCAACUUGGAAAGAAGCUAUCUUUUGUACAAUUUCCGCGAAGGUUCGAUGCCAUCGAUUCCAAUGAUCGAUAUGCAAACCGGAACACUGUAUUCUUUGAUAUCACCAUGAAAUGCCUUGAUGGGGUUCAAGGUCCAAUGUAUGUUGGUUCUGGAUGUGUGUUCAACAGGCAGGCAUUGUACGGCUAUAAGCCACCAUCUGAGAAAACACCAAAGGAAAGUUAUGGUGGCUCUCAUUCCACAUUUGAUAUUGAAGAGAUUGAUGAAGGGCCUGAAGGAUUUGAUGAGAAAGAGCAAUCAUCCUUCUUGUCCCUGAAAGUUGUCAAGAAAAGAUUUGGAAUGUCUCCGGUUUUCAUUGCUUCAGCUUUGAUGGAAGAUGGUGGACUUCCAAAAGGCACCAAUACCAGAUUACUGAUCAAGGAAGCCAUUCAUGUUAUAAGCUGUGGCUAUGAAGAGAAAACUGAAUGGGGCAAAGAGAUUGGGUGGCUUUAUGGCUCAGUCACAGAAGACAUCUUAACCGGGUUUAACAUGCAUUGCAGAGGAUGGAAAUCAGUGUACUGCAUGCCUAAGAGAGCAGCUUUUAAAGGAUCUGCUCCUAUAAAUCUAUCAGACAGAUUACACCAAGUUCUGAAAUGGGCUUUGGGUUCCACUGAGAUUUUCUUUAGUGGCUAUUGCCCUUUGUGGUAUGGAUAUAGUGGAAAACUGAAGUUGCUGCAGAGGCUAGCUUACACUAAUGCCAUUGUUUAUCCAUUCACUUCCAUCCCUCUGCUGAUAUACUGUACAAUUCCAGCUAUCUGUCUUCUGACUGGAAAGACCAUCAUCCCCGCUAUGACAAACCUUGCUAGCAUUUGGUUAAUGGCUCUCUUUAUCUCCAUGAUUUUGACUUGUAUGCUUGAGCUUCGUUGGAGUGGGGUUAGCAUUCAGGACUGGUGGCGCAACGAACAAUUCUGGAUCAUUGGAGGUGUCUCUGCACAUCUUUUUGCUGUGUUUCAAGGUCUCCUUAAAGUUGGUGGAGUAGACAAUAAAGUCAUUGUAAGAACAAAAUCAACAGAUGACACUGUAUUGGGACAGUUGCAUCUCUUCAAGUGGACCACUCUUCUAAUCCCACCAACAAGUCUUGUAAUCUUGAAUAUGGUGGGAAUUGUGGCUGGACUCUCUAGUGCCAUUAACAAAGGCUAUGCCUCAUGGGGACCUUUAUUUGGGAAGCUUUUUUUCUCCUUCUGGGUCAUUGUGCACUUGUAUCCUUUCCUCAAAGGUCUAAUGGGAAGGCAAAACAGAACACCUACUAUAGUAGUUCUCUGGUCAACACUUCUAGCAUUAGUUUUCUCAAUGAUUUGGGUGAGAAUUGAUUUUUUCUUGCCCAAGCAAACAGGUCCAGUACUCAAACAAUGUGGGAUAGAGUGCUAAGGUGGUGGAUACAUGACGCAUUCUUCCCAUUCGUCUAUCCUGGUUCUUUUGUUGGAAAGCAUUUACACCUUUGAUGAGAAAGUGAGCAUUCAAUAUAGAUUAUAGCCUUAAAAGUUGUGUUACCAGGUCAUAUAUGCAGAGGUUGUGUACUUGAUAAAUAUGAUUUAUGGUGCAAGAUUCAUCAAUUAAAAUAUGAUUUCUUGUAAUCUCAUUUGACACGCCAGAUAUGUAAUGUAAAUCUCAAGAUUUCAAUAAUAUCCUCUGAUUACUCUACA